AUGGCCACGUACAACUUAACCAUACAACAGCCACCGCCAAAGCCACUGGUGGACGUUAAUUUCAAGAAGAUCUCCAACGUUACGGACAUCGAUCCGCUGGAAGUAGCACGACAACUGACUAUGGUUGAGUGGGACAUCUUCAGAAAGAUCAAGCCAAAGGAAACCAUGAGCCUCUCGUGGAACAUCAAGGAGAAGCAGCACCUCUCACGCAACAUCCUCAACAUGAUCAAUCGAGCCAACGAGAUGGCCAUUUGGGUAGCUACGUUGAUCCUGCAGUGCACGUCCACAAAGAAACGAGUCAACACUAUCAAAUACCUUGUUACACUGGCAGAGAAAUGUCUCGAACUCAACAACUUCAAUUCUGUCUUCACAAUUGUGGCGUCGCUGAGCAGUUCGUCUAUCACUCGACUCAAGAAGACGUGGGCGGAGGUUCCGGAUAUAAUACUAGGUGCACUAGACGCCUUGAAGCAGCUGGUGUCAGACGCGAACAACUACAAGGUCUACCGCACACAUCUGCAGGGGUUGAUAGACACUCCCUGUAUUCCCUUCCUGGGUAUGUGGCU